GGCUCCUUCCUUUCCGUCUCUGGCCGGCUGGGCGCGGGCGACUGCUGGCGAGGCGCGUGGAAGCUCGCGCUGGUCCCUCUCCGCCUCCUCUCCCGGUCCAGGCCACUACGGAGUUCGCUGACGCCGGGUGAGCUGAGCCUACCGCCAAGAUGCCGGCCUAUUUCCAGAGGCCGGAAAAUGCCCUCAAGCGCGCCAACGAAUUUCUUGAGGUUGGCAAAAAGCAGCCUGCUCUGGAUGUUCUUUAUGAUGUUAUGAAAAGUAAGAAACACAGAACAUGGCAGAAGAUACAUGAGCCAAUUAUGUUGAAAUACUUGGAACUAUGUGUGGAUCUUCGUAAGAGCCACUUGGCUAAGGAAGGGUUAUAUCAAUAUAAGAACAUUUGUCAGCAGGUAAACAUUAAAUCUUUAGAAGAUGUUGUCAGGGCAUAUUUGAAAUUAGCGGAGGAAAAAACAGAAGCUGCUAAAGAAGAGUCCCAACAAAUGGUGUUAGACAUAGAAGAUCUGGAUAACAUUCAGACGCCUGAGAGUGUUCUCUUGAGUGCAGUAAGUGGAGAAGACACUCAGGAUCGUACUGACAGAUUGCUACUGACUCCCUGGGUCAAGUUCCUGUGGGAAUCAUACAGGCAAUGUUUGGAUCUGCUUCGAAACAAUUCUAGAGUAGAGCGCCUCUACCAUGAUAUCGCCCAGCAAGCUUUCAAAUUCUGCCUCCAGUAUACUCGCAAAGCUGAGUUCCGUAAGCUCUGUGACAACUUGCGAAUGCACUUAUCACAGAUUCAGCGCCACCAUAACCAAAGCACAGCAAUCAAUCUUAAUAAUCCAGAGAGCCAGUCCAUGCAUUUGGAAACCAGACUUGUUCAGUUGGACAGUGCUAUCAGCAUGGAACUAUGGCAGGAAGCCUUCAAAGCUGUGGAAGACAUUCAUGGAUUAUUUUCCUUGUCGAAAAAGCCACCUAAGCCUCAGCUGAUGGCAAAUUACUAUAACAAAGUGUCAACAGUGUUUUGGAAAUCUGGAAAUGCUCUGUUUCAUGCAUCUACACUUCACCGUCUUUAUCAUCUGUCUAGAGAAAUGAGAAAGAAUCUUACUCAAGAUGAGAUGCAAAGAAUGUCUACUAGAGUCCUUUUGGCAACUCUUUCCAUUCCUAUCACUCCUGAACGAACUGACAUUGCUCGACUUUUGGAUAUGGAUGGUAUUAUAGUUGAGAAGCAGCGACGCCUUGCAACACUUUUAGGUCUUCAAGCCCCACCCACACGAAUCGGCCUUAUUAAUGAUAUGGUCAGAUUCAAUGUGCUACAGUAUGUUGUUCCAGAAGUGAAAGACCUUUACAACUGGUUGGAGGUAGAGUUCAACCCUCUAAGACUCUGUGAGAGAGUCACAAAGGUAUUAAAUUGGGUUAGGGAACAACCUGAAAAGGAACCAGAAUUGCAACAGUAUGUACCACAGCUACAGAACAAUACCAUACUCCGCCUUUUGCAACAGGUGGCACAGAUUUAUCAGAGCAUUGAGUUUUCUCGUUUGACUUCUCUGGUUCCUUUUGUUGAUGCUUUCCAACUGGAACGGGCCAUAGUAGAUGCAGCCAGGCACUGUGACCUGCAGGUUCGAAUUGACCAUACUUCUCGUACUCUGAGUUUUGGAUCUGACUUGAAUUAUGCAACUCGAGAAGAUGCUCCAAUUGGUCCUCAUCUACAGAGCAUGCCUUCAGAGCAAAUAAGAAAUCAACUCACAGCCAUGUCCUCGGUGCUUGCAAAAGCACUUGAAGUCAUCAAGCCCGCUCACAUUCUGCAAGAAAAAGAAGAACAGCAUCAGUUGGCAGUCACUGCAUAUCUUAAAAAUUCACGAAAAGAGCAUCAGCGGAUUCUGGCUCGCCGACAGACAAUUGAGGAAAGGAAAGAACGUCUUGAGAGUCUGAAUAUCCAACGUGAGAAAGAAGAACUAGAGCAGAGGGAAGCUGAACUCCAGAAAGUACGGAAGGCUGAAGAAGAGAGGCUGCGCCAGGAGGCAAAGGAGCGAGAGAAGGAGCGAAUCCUUCAGGAACAUGAGCAAAUCAAGAAGAAAACUGUUCGGGAACGGCUAGAGCAGAUAAAGAAGACAGAACUGGGUGCCAAAGCAUUCAAAGACAUUGAUAUUGAAGACCUUGAAGAGUUGGAUCCAGAUUUUAUCAUGGCCAAACAGGUUGAACAACUGGAGAAAGAAAAGAAGGAACUUCAGGAACGCCUGAAGAAUCAAGAAAAGAAGAUUGACUAUUUUGAAAGAGCUAAACGUUUGGAAGAGAUUCCUUUGAUAAAGAGUGCUUAUGAGGAACAAAGGGUUAAAGACAUGGACCUAUGGGAACAACAAGAAGAAGAAAGAAUUACUACAAUGCAGCUGGAACGAGAAAAAGCUCUGGAACAUAAGAAUCGAAUGUCACGAAUGUUGGAAGACAGAGAUCUAUUUGUGAUGCGGCUCAAAGCUGCCCGGCAGUCUGUCUAUGAGGAAAAACUGAAGCAGUUUGAAGAGCGAUUAGCAGAAGAAAGACAUAAUCGCAUGGAAGAACGGAAAAGGCAACGAAAAGAAGAACGCAAAAUAACAUACUACAGAGAAAAGGAAGAGGAAGAGCAGAGGAGGGCAGAAGAACAAAUGCUAAAAGAACGAGAAGAAAGAGAGCGUGCUGAGAGAGCAAAACGGGAGGAGGAACUUCGAGAGUAUCAGGAGCGAGUCAAGAAACUGGAAGAAGUAGAAAGGAAAAAGCGGCAAAGAGAGCUGGAAAUUGAAGAAAGAGAAAGGCGCAGAGAGGAAGAGCGGAGACUUGGUGAUGAUCCACUUUCUAGAAAGGACUCUCGGUGGGGAGAUAGGGAUUCAGAAGGCACGUGGAGAAAAGGGCCAGAAGCGGACUCUGAGUGGAGGAGAGGACCACCAGAGAAGGAGUGGAGACGAGAAACUCGGGAUGAUGAGAGGCCUCACAGGAGAGAUGAGGAUCGGCUGAGACGCUUGGGGGAUGAUGAAGAGAGAGAAUCUUCUCUUAGGCCAGAUGAUGAUCGCAUCCCCAGGCGUGGCUUGGAUGAUGACAGAGGGCCUAGACGAGGUCCUGAUGAAGAUAGAUUUUCUCGUAGAGGAGCAGAUGAUGACCGGCCUUCCUGGCGUAAUGCAGAUGAUGACAGGCCUCCCAGGCGAAUUGGUGAUGAUGACAGGGGAAGCUGGCGUCACACAGACGACGACAGACCAUCCAGACGGGGACUAGAUGAUGACAGAGGAAGCUGGCGCACAGCAGAUGAGGACAGAGGACCUAGACGUGGGAUGGAUGAGGACCGGGGGCCAAGACGAGGAGGUGCUGAUGAUGAACGAUCAUCCUGGCGCAAUGCCGAUGAUGACCGGGCUCCCAGGAGGGGCAUGGAUGAGGACCGGGGUCCCAGGCGAGGGUUAGAUGAUGACCGAGGACCUUGGAGGAAUGCUGAUGAUGAUAGGAUUUCCAGGCGAGGUGCAGAUGAUGAAAGGGGGCCUUGGAGAAAUAUGGAUGAUGAUCGGAUUUCCAGACGGGGUGAUGAUGCAAGACCUGGUCCCUGGAGACCAUUUGUCAAGCCAGGUGGAUGGAGAGAGAAAGAAAAGGCUAGAGAAGAGAGCUGGGGUCCGCCUCGGGAAUCGAGACCACCAGAAGAACGUGAAUGGGAUCGAGACAAAGAGAAGGACAGAGAUGGUCAAGAUCGGGAGGAGACCGACAAGGACCUGGAACGAGAAAGGGACAGAGAGAGAGAGGGGGACCGGGAGGAUCGUUUCAGAAGACCCAGGGAUGAAGGUGGCUGGAGAAGAGGACCAGCAGAAGAGUCUUCAAGCUGGAGAGACUCAAGUCGCCGUGAUGAUAGGGACAGGGAUGACCGGCGGCGGGAGAGAGAGGAUCGUCGUGAUCUGAGAGACCUGAGAGAAAGAAGGGAUUUAAGAGAUGACAGAGACCGGAGAGGACCUCCCCUCAGAUCAGAGCGAGAAGAAGUAAGCUCUUGGAGACGUGCUGAUGACAGGAAAGAUGACCGGACUGAAGAACGGGAUCCACCUCGUCGUGUUCCUCCCCCAGCUGUUUCAAGAGAGAGAGAGAGAGAACGUGAAGGUGAGAAAGAGAAAGCAUCCUGGAGAGCGGAGAAAGAGAGGGAGUCCCUUCGUCGUACUAAGAAUGAAACUGACGAAGAUGGAUGGACCACAGUACGACGUUAGGUCCAAAGACGAUGGAGUCAAACUUGUGGCUAACAUAGGUUUGAUCACAUUCAAGGAUUAUUAUACCUGUGCUUCAACCAGUCUAAAUUGAAUUCUUUAAUGUUGUCUCACCAUAACACAAAAAGCAUGAACUUGUAUUAAUCAUAUAUAAUAGAUUGAUCAUGCACUGUAUUCACAGGAGGUUGGAAAACCAUGCCAUUUUCUGAAAUUUAAGGUGUUGCAUUAUUUCAUCAAUCAUUUGUUUAAAAAAAAAAAACCUAAAAAAUAAAAAUGUGAACCCUUGAGGUGUUAACACCUUAUCUUGGUAUACAGUUGAUCUUACUUUUUUGAUUUUGAAAUAUCAGAUAUUAAUUUGGAAUAAGGUAAGGUUCUCUUAAAACAUUUGAAAACCCUUUAGGCCAGUGGAUCUGACACCUUUCCCAUCAGUAGUGAUGGGAAUAUACCUUCUUAGGUAUUUACUAUUAAUUACAUUUAGGCAGUUUAUAGCUUCUGAGGAGUAUAGUAGACAUUACAGACACUGGUUGUAAUGGGGUUCUCUGUAGACUGUACUUGAGAGAGGUGAGUAUGAAGCAUUUUGUAGUCAUCAUCAUGACGAUGCUGCCCAAGUGCAGAUCCAGAAUAGCACAGCGUUGGACUCCUAGAGCAUUUGGUAACCUGUUGUG